AUGGCGAACAGAGGACCCAGCUACGACAAGCAUGUCUUCUGCAUCAAGGAUCUGGAGGAGCAGGCCUCUAAGAAGAUGCCUAAGAUGUAUCGAGAAUACUUCAACGAGGGUGCAAUGGAUCUGAUAACUCUCGCAGACAAUCGAGCCGCCUUUGACCGGUACAGGAUUAGGCCGCGAGUCCUCGUUGAUGUAUCCAAAGUAGACACCUCUACCACCAUCAUGGGCAAGAAAGUCAGCUUCCCGCUUGGCUUCUCACCCGCAGCCAUGCACGGCUUGGCCCACCCUGACGGCGAGGUAGGGACGUCUCGUGGAGCUGCGAACAUGAACGUGGCCAUGGGACUGUCUACCUAUUCAAAUAAGUCAAUGGAGGACGUAAUUGCAGAGGGCAAGGGCAAUCCGUAUGCCUUCCAAGUGACAUUGGUGAAGGACAAAUCACUCGUGGUUAGGAUGAUCCAGAGAGCAGAGAAGGCGGGAUACAACGCCAUAUUCCUCACAGUGGAUGCGGCAUUCCUGGGCAAGAGACUGAACGAGUACCGCAACUCGUUCGCCAUGCCGAAAGGGACCGUCUAUCCUAAUCUAGGCGAGGACAUCAACUGCGACAACUUGGACGUUCCCGAUGACCGUACCGCUUACGAGACGGCGCUGGACUGGGCCGAGACAGCAGCGUUCAUGAGGAAGCACACGAAGCUGCCCGUAUGGAUCAAAGGAGUGUACACGCCCGACGAUGUCGCUCUCGCGAUCCGACACGGCUUUGACGGCGUCAUCAUCUCCAAUCACGGAGGCAGGCAGCUCGACAGCGUCCCCGCCACGCUGGACGCCCUGCGGGAGUGCGCGCCCGUCGCAAAGGGCAGGAUCCCGAUUGCGAUUGACAGCGGCAUCAGGAGAGGGACAGACAUCUUUAAGGCCCUGGCGCUCGGCGCCGACUUCUGCUUCGUUGGCCGCGUGCCGAUUUGGGGCCUUGCGUACAAAGGAUCCGAGGGUGUCGAGCUAGCGCUGCAGCUUCUUAAGCACGAGUUCACGCUCGCGAUGGGACUCACUGGAUGCAAGAAUGUUUCCGAGAUUAACAGAGGUCAUUUGUCAAUAUUGAAUGCGGAAGGUGUUCUGAGCAAGCUAUGA